AUGGUUCAAAGUCUGCUGCGAGAGUCCCAGGUCAUCCGACAGACCAAAGAGAAAGAGAUCAGCGAGCUGAAGAAAAGGUCUGAUCAAAGUACUGAAUCUCUGAAAAACGAAUGGGAGAAGAAGGAGCAAGUGUUGCAUGAGCUGGAGACACGGGUGAAGCUGCUCUCGGUGGAGGUGCAGAACGGGAACCUGCUCCAGCAGAAGGUCACUCAGGAGAAAGCAGAGUUGGAGAUUCAUAUCGCCUCCAUCAGUGGUGAGCUUCAAGAGGCCAACCACAAGUACAGGAAAACCACCCUAUCUGUCGAAAAGCUCAGAUACAACAUUCUGCCGACGCUUCAGGCCAAACUGGAAAAGGAACGAGCCGACAGCAAGAGGAAGAUUAAUAAAAAAAAGCAAGAGAGAGAUGUGCAGCUGGUUCAUCUUCAGGACAGUCGGAGACAUCAGGACCAGCAGGCUGAGAGCGCACAGGAAAGCUUUAAGAAGCAGGUGGAGCUCAGCUCAGGGAAGACCUACACUGACAUGAAGCAACAGAUGGAGAAAGUAGAGACUGAUGUGAUUCGUUCUAAAUCUCUCAGAGAGAAGCAGUCUAAAGAGUUCAGUUACCAGCUGGAGGAGCUGCAGCGACGAUAUGAGCAGCAGUCUUACUCCUUGUUGUCCAAUCAUAUUGUGGAACUGAAACUGCAGCAUGAACAGGAGCGGACGCACCUACUCCAGACACACAAUGCUGAGAAGGACAGCCUGGUCCAGGACCACCAGCGGGAAAUCGAUAGUUUGGACAAACAGGCGAGGGCCACCAUGGUCCAGCACCAAACGCAAACCCAGGAGUGGAGGAAGCGCAAUGCUCAGACCAUCUCUGAUCUGGAGGACCAGGUGCAUUCUCUGAGGAAGGAGCUGUGGGCAGCCCACAUUCAGAGGAAAGAGCUGCCGACAGAGUUGUGUGUGCUGUGGGAGGAGGAGCGACAGCAGGCCUCUCAGGACAAGCAAGCAGCCCUGGAUCGGCUGUGGGCCGAGAUGGAUCAGGUGUGGCAGGACCUGGAAAGAACCCACAAGGCUGAAAGAGAGCUGACCCAAGAAAAGACCAACAGCAGGUCGAAGCAUCUUGAGAAGGAAUAUGAUCAGAAGUUGGCCAUGUCUGCACAGGUGAUAGCUGAGCUGCAGAUAUCUCUGAGCAGCGUCAAGGAAGACAACCGCCAGACACAGCAGAGUCUAGAGAGACAACUACAGGAAGCACAGAGCCACUGUGACGAGGAGAGGAGACAGCUCAGCAGAGAUGCUGACCAAACCAGCAAGGUUCUUCAAGAACAUGUGGAGAGUCUACAGAGACAGCUGCAUGCCGUUAAGAAGAAAUUGAUGAGUCGCGAGUUGGAAUACCAGGAGCAGAUCACACAUGUCCGUCAGGAUUGUGAGUCGAAGAUCAAAGGCCUGAUUCCCACAGAGCUGCAACAGGAGCUGGAGGACACCAUCACCUCACUUAAGUCACAGGUCAGCUUCCUGCAGAAGAGAGCGUCGGUCUUACAGGAGCAGCUAGAUGCUUGCCACAUCAGGAGGUGA